GUUUAUGUUUAUCUUUAAAUUAAUUUGGUGUUGGUCUAAUUGUGGUUUCGUUUUCUUUAAUUUAAAUUGUUGUUCUAUUUACGAUUCUAAUUUCAAUCAUCUAGUUUCAUCUAUUAAUUGUAAACUAUCAUGUCAAAUGUUGCCUACAUUGGAAAACCAUCCAGAUAUCAUGGAAAACGUAUAUUCGAGAUAUUAAUCAAUUUAAAGAAUUUUGGAAAAGGAAGAAUAUUGGAGAAAAUUUAUUCCAAUGAGAAACAUGGAGAGAAAACAUUUUGUAUUAUUAAAGAAGCUUAUCCACAAAUGGAUAAAGAUUUAGCCUUUGGUUUGGUUUACACGGAGCAAUAUUAUCGAGGAGCGAGGAUUCCUGGUCUAACUGAGAUUCUGCCAACUACACCUGAUUAUCGUUUGAUACAUAAACAUGAGGAAGAACCUUAUUUAGAGAUUGCUAGAAAUGCUCCAGAAUAUGGUAAAAAUGUUCCUCGUAAGGUAUUACCACAAUACUACAAAGUACCACCUCUCAUGGCGGAAGUAAUUAACCGUAGAGCUUUCAAUAAUCCACCUUGUAUCUACAUCAAAGGAUUGAACAAGAAAGAUUAUGGUUACGAUGCUGAAAGUAUAACCCAACUAAAGAUACCAUUUGUUUAUCAAUGGAACGAAUUUGAAUCAUUAAUCUACAAAAUAGCGGAUGAAGAUGGUGGAGAAAAGAUUCCGACAAGACCAAGAAUAUUCAUCGACAGAUUAAAGGCUAAAGAAUCGAACCAAUUAUAAUCUCUUUGUAAUUAACCAAACUCUCUUUAAAUUGAAAGAUAAAAACCAAAUUCGAACCUUAUCAAAUUUCCUAGUGACUUUUGCCACCUAAACCUUGUAAAUCAUUAGAAUGAUUCAUUUCAUAAAUUAAUGCUAAAUUACAUAUUAGCUCCAAUAAUUAAAUUUUCUUCUCUUUUUC